AUGACGUCAACCUUUCACGCUGCGAUUAAGCAUAGUAACCGAGAUAGCACUUCACCAUUUACUCAUGACGCCGCUGGGGCCGUGAUUGAACUAAGAGACCAGUUCAAGGAAGAGCAGAAGGACGCAACGGAUGCACGAACUUCGAAAAGAUCGCGCGCCACGUUCGCAGACGUGACUGUCCUGCCGUUCAGAGAAGUCAUGCGUCGCGCACGUCACGCACAUGCAAGUGGUUUAGCUCAAGGAGAAGGUGAGCACUACAAACGUCAUGAGACUGUAGAAGCAGCGCCUGAGAUCAAAGGAGAGGCGUCUGAAGUGGAAGCGACCAUCAAGGCGGAACCAAAAGAGGAGCCCCUUUCUGCAGAGGAACUGGCUGCGACAUUGGAAAAAUACCGCAACCCACACGCCAAGAUCAAGAAAGACUCUCAAUUCGAUGGUGCGAUGGUCACAGACCGGCUUAAGGCUAUUGGCUUUGAGCGAUAUCCCAUCGAUAUAGAGGAGAGGCUACAGCGGUUUCUCUUCAAUCGCCAUUAUAUCCACAAUUUAUACGGUGGGAGCUUCGUUGAUACAUUCCCAUCUCCAAGUGACGAGAAAGUGGCAAUCCACGGACUCAAUGACUUUAUGUUCAUUACCCUUGAUCUGCAUCCUCAUGCUCCUUUGAACCCUGGCGAUCCCGGCCUGUUUCUGAAUAUGGUCCCUGCGGAUGGUACAUGGGGUAAUGCGCGCCAGGUUGUUCGAGUAUUCGUGAGACUGCGCGACACUCCCAAAGCUCUUUGGCAGUAUUCGGGAAAUUACAGGAUGUAUCCAUCCGAUCCCUCACUCGAGAAGAGUUCGCAAGACAACCACCGCUGGGAGCCGACCCUCGAAGAAAUAGAGGAGCUUGUUUCUGACGCACGGUCAAGAGAGAUCGCUAGUUCCCUGUCUUGGCAAGAAAUCUCCGCGGCAUACGAGAGAAACGAAGAGGUCAUUAUACUCCACAGUGUUGAGAGAGAAAUUGGCGUGUGGUGUAUGAAAUGCGUAGGCUAUGAUGUGGAGUUUCAGCGACUCCUUGUCGACAAUGCCGAUCGCUUCACACCACCUGCUGGCAAGAGAAAAAGACACAUGGUCCCACCCAUGUGGGAGAAAGGGGAACAGAAGGUCUGA